AAAUAAAGAAUUUUCGUGACUUUCUAAAAUAUUUUAUUAAUUAAUAUCCGUUCCAAAAUAGAUGUCCUGUGGAGUUAAACUGAUUAAACAGAAUCUUUAUAGUUUUUAAUACCCAGCAAACAUAUCAGUAAUGAAUACAGUUAAGGCAGUAAAGCAACAAGACGUACAAAAACAUAAUUUCAACAAUAACAAUAUCGAACAUUCAACAAAAUCAGCUGUAUUAAAGUGGAAUUCAAGUUGUGAAUUAUAUAAAUCCAGUUUAACAAAUAACAGACUCAGGAAGAUUAAAUCUGAAGCAGAUCUAGCAACUAUUUUACAAGAUAAAGACCUAAAAGUUAUAAAAAGUGUUAAGCCUUCAAAGUCUGAAAGGAAUUUAAAUAGUGUGUAUAAUUAUAUGACUUCAACUCCUUGUGACACAUCCAGAAACUCAAACGUAAUGGAAAUAAGUACAUACAGUAUGAUAGCAGAUAGUAAUUCAAUAAAAAUCCCAAUUGUUGGAUAUGAAGUUAUGGAAGAAAGAAGCAGAUUUACAAUUUUUAAGCUAAGGAUUGAAAACUAUGAGAAGAAUAGUUUUUGGCUAGUAUUAAGACGUUUCACUGAUUUUACUAGAUUACAUACUAAACUCAAGCAACUAUUCCCUAGUACAAAUCUUGUGCUUCCAAAAAAGAAAUGGUUUGGAAAUAACUUUAGUUCCGGAUUUUUAGACACUCGAAUAGCUGGAUUACAAACUUUUAUUAAUACAAUAUUGGGAAAUCCGGAAAUGAAAAAAUGUCCAGUUGUUCGUGAGUUCUUUUGUCUAGAUGAACCGCCACUAUUUUCUGAAAGUAUGGAAGAUUGUAAGGCAAUUUUCGAAGCACAGGAAGAAACUAUUGCUUAUUUAAAAAUGCAACUGAAGGCAAAAGACGAAAUCAUAACGAAUCUCAAUCAUAAAAAUGAUUACCUGACAUCACUCGUAAAAUCAUCAAUUGGAAAGUGCUCAAAGACUGACAAUUCAUACUAAUUGCUAAUUCAAACAAUAAUGAUAGUAAUGUUUUAAUGCUGUGCAAAAUUAUAAUCUACCAGAUGCCUUAAAGAUGUUUCUUAUUUUGCGAAAAGCUUCCUACAACUUUCUGCUACAGAAAGUUUUUAUACAAUUCUUGAGAGUGUUUUCAUAUUCAAAACAGUUGCGUCUAUUUUUGUCGCGUUGUUCUCUAAUUCUAAACAUUCACAACAGUUUGUUAAAAUUAAUUUCCAGUUGCAAUAUGAAAAUGCUCUAAAAAGUAUCACUUGUGAAGAUAUACCUAAGAUAUUAUAGCUCUAUAGAUGUUAAAAAUUGGUAUCGAAUAUAUUUUAUACGAUAAGUUAUUUGCAUG